CCAUCCUGCAAGACACAGCAUGUUCGGCGCAUUCCGCGCAUCGCAGCCGUCGCUCGGUGGCCUUCUCUGGAAGGUCCCUUACCGCCUCAGCACGCCGCGCAAGGCGCGCGUGCGCAGCCGGCUGCAGGCCGUCGACGAGGUCAUUGCCGCCGUGCAGCGCUCGGGCGUCGAGUGCGCCGCCCUCGACCGCGCCCUGCUGCUGCCGACGGAGCAGGAGAUGGCGCCGCGCGACAAGUACACGACGUUCUCGCGCACCGCCCGCGACUACCGCAAGGGCGUGCACAAGGUGCCAAAAUGGACCCGCCUCACUCUGCGCGAGAACCCGCGGGGCUUCUAGACAGCCCUCUCUUCUGUCUGCGCUCCGUGCCGUGACCUGUCCGCACCUCCACUCUGUACUUCUAAUCUGCAUGCUCUAGAUCUCCCUUGCGCGCUGUGAAUGGACACCGAAGCUAACUUCUG